AACUCCGAGAAAGCAAAAUCGAAUGAAGAGAGAGAUAGACAGAUGGUAGUGAGAGAAAAUUUGAGGUUGAGGAAAGUCCAGUCCCAUUUCAACUGAGGGCGGAGUUUACAAGAGCAGCUGCAGCGCGCGGCCGCAAGCAGAUUUCUCGGUCAUAAGGUCGAGUUAUUAAGUGGAAUUCAUCACAAGAAAUUGAUCAUUUACGCUUGUUCUGUUUUUCAAUUAAUUGAGGAACAGCAAUGGCUUAUGCAGUUGCACCGCAUAAAUCUUUGAUUGAGGUUCAUAAUUCGCAUAGGCUGAACUCAUUCUCCAACCAAGCAGAUAUAAAUUCGGAUUCAAGGGCUACAGUUCCAACUAAAUGUGCUCUGCGGCAGGCUGAUACAAAUGGUGCCAAAUUCACACCUUCUUUGUGGUGCAGAGGGCAGCAAGCAGGUGUGCGCAUUGAUAGGCGUGGCGAACAAGAGAUGAAAUCAAAUGGUAACAGGAUGGGAUCUGAGAGGAAAUUCAACGGCAAAAUGCAUCCGAGCACGUAUUCGUAUUCGUUGAAGUUUGCCUCGGAUGGUUCCUUCCUUGAGAAUGAUGAGAAGACCAACAAUGAAAUCCUCCAGAGUUUGUGCAGCCGUGGGAAAUUAGUCGAAGCAGUGAAGUUGGUGGAUGUCAUGACACGCAGAAACCAGAUUCCGGAUUUUCAGUCCUGCAUAAACAUCAUCAGAGGUCUGGUGAAUGCUAAGCAAACAGAUAGGGCUUAUAAGGUUCUUCAGUUAGUCGUUAUGACUGGUGGGAUUCCUGAUAUUAUAACCUAUAAUAUGGUGAUUGGUGGUUUGUGUAGGAAAAAGUAUCUCAAAGUUGCUAUUGAUUUGGUAGAGUGCAUGAGCUUGAGUGGUUGCCCUCCUGAUACCAUCACUUUCAACACAAUUAUACGAGCCAUGUUCGAUCAGGGCAAGUGUGACGAGGCUGUCCAGUUUUGGAAGGACCAGCUCAGAAAGGGCUGCCCUCCUUUUGUGAUCAGUUACACGAUCCUCAUUGUGUUGGUGUGUAAGAAAAUUGGAGCCACGCGGGCUCUGGAAAUCAUGGAGGAUAUGGCAGUUGAGGGGUGUUAUCCUGAUAUGGUGACCUAUAACUCCAUUGUCAAUCUUACUUGUAAGCAGGGGAAUUAUGAAGAGACUACAUUGGUUGUGUGCAACUUUCUUUCACGCGGGAUGGAACCAAACACUAUAACGUACAAUACCCUGCUGCAUUCUCUUUGUAUGUAUGGGUGUUGGGACGAAGUAGAUGAGAUGCUUUCCUACAUGAUUGAAAGCUCGAGCCCUCCUACAUCUGUAACAUACAAUAUUAUUAUCAAUGGUCUGUGCAAGGAGGGACUGGUUGAUCGUGCUAUUGACUACUUUCAUCAGAUGGUUUCAAACGGCUGCUCUCCUGAUAUUGUUACUUAUAACACCUUGCUACGUGCAUUGUGUAAGGAGACCAUGAUAGACGAAGCUAUUGAGAUUCUUCACCGCUUGAGAAAUACAAAUUGCUCUCCCACCCUUAUCACAUACAAUAUUGUGGUUGAUGGAUUGGCCAAGCAGGGAGUGAUGGAGAAGGCAAUGGAGGUGUACAAGUACAUGCUGGAGCAUGGGCCUCGCCCUGAUGAUGUAACAUAUCGAUGCUUGAUUUGGGGCUUCUGUCGGGCUGAUCAGGUUGAGGAAGCCGUGGAACUGCUGAAUGUUAUGGGGUUGUAUAACAGGCGCAGAGUGAGGGACAACUGUUAUAGAUUCAUCAUUCAUAGGUUAUGCAAGAAGAAGGAAGUGGAUGCUGCUGUUGAAGUUGUAAAACUGUUUAUUUCAAGUAGAAAAAAAUGUGAUCCCAUCUUUUGUCCCACCAUUAUUCUAGGAAUACAUGCUGCAGGCAUGAUCGAUGAAGCUGCAGAGCUCCGCAAGAAGUUGAUAGAGAGAGAGUUGCUCUCUCUUUAGGGAGGUAGUGUAGGUUUAGCGUUUCGGACAGGAACGAGGGGAGGCAUAUGCUUGUGUUUUGAGCUCAUCUUAGGAAGAGAAGGGCAAGUUUUUAGGUUUUUUUUUUUGUAGGAAGCAGAAGAGAAAGCUAAAGAAACUCGUUAUUUUUGAACGAUUUAGAAUAACUUUAGAUGCAGAUUUUUGGCCCUUCAUUCUGCUCUUGGAGUUUUUAUGUAUGGAUUCUCCACUCGAAAUAUUGAAUUUUGUAUCUUAUCAAAUACAAGUGUGCUUAUUCUCCA